UCCCAUUUCGUUUUCACAAUUUUGUAUGUAUAUGUACUCGGAAGAAAUGAAGCGAGUAGGUCGACCCAGCAGCAGCAUGGCGCAAGAAGAACAAGAAGAAGACAGGCUGAGCUCAUUACCUGACGUCCUUUUAAUUUACAUCCUCUCAUUCAUCGACACCAAAUUAUCAAUUCAGCUCUCAAUCUUAUCCAAACGCUGGGUAAAUCUCUGGACUUUACUCCCUGUCCUUAACUUCAAUUCUUCCCUUUUUUACCACCAAACUCGUAAAUUCAGUACGAUUUUUACCUUUGAUUAUUUCAUUGAUCAAGUUUUAUCUCGCCGUAAUUCUUGUAUCAAAAUUGAUACUCUUAAUAUUCAAGUUACUGAUUACAAAACCCUUGUUAGGGUUUUUAACUUUGCUUUAUUGAAUUGUGUCCCUAAUUUAAGUAUUGAUAGUUCUGAGUAUUUAACGAAAUACCGCCCGAUUUCGUGUGAGAAUUCGAGUCAUGAUUUGACAAGUUUGAGUCUAAAAGGGAUGAUGAGUUUUGGGAGGUUUCCGCUUUUUGUGGGGCUGGUUAAGUUGAGACUCGAACGUGUUAAGAUAGUCGAGAGCGAACCUUUUUCGUAUUUUCCUAAUUUGGAAGAGCUGUUUUUAGUGAAUUGUAAGAUGGAAGGUGGGUUGAGUAAGGGGAUUGAAGUGAUUGGGUUGAAGUUGUUGAGGUUGAGUAUAUCGUCGUGUUUUUAUCAUCCGGUUCCGUAUGAGAAGAUUGUGCUUUUGACUCCAAAGUUAUUGGUAUUUGAGCUUGAUGGGCUUAUACCCAUGUCGUUUGAAGCCGAGGUUCCUGUUGUGGAAACUGUGUAUAUCGAUUGUUGUUUUUCGUUUUCAAGACUUGCUGAUAGGAAUGUGCAUCAGCCUAGUGAGUAUCAACAGAAGGAAAACUUGAUUAAUAUCUUUCGGUGCCUUAGAAAUGCUAAGUAUGUUCACCUGUCUCCAUCCACUGUUAAGCUCCUCUCCCUAUCUCAAAGCAAGCUUGUUGAAGAAGCCUCCCCAUUUGGAAAUCUUAAGGUUUUGAACCUCAUCCCACCUCCAAACAAACCCAUGGUUGAACUGCAUUCAUCGGUGGCGGCUUAUCUGCUCAAGGGUUCUCCAGCAGUCGUUGUCAAGGCGAUGCCCAGGUGAACAAUGAUGAUGAAGAACGCAAGCAUGCUAAAUUUUGAUGUGUAUGGUAUGCUGUUAGAUAUUUACAAAGUGAAUAUACAUCAGUGCCCCAGUGUUUUUUAGAGAAAUGUUUUAACAUCAGUCAGGUGUAAUGAGUUGUAGUUUACAUAUAUUUGUUCUUUAUGAUAAUGAUUUGGAUGAUAAAAUGGAUUCGAAAACACCUCUUCUAUGGUCCAAGGAGAAUCAUUUGAGGUUUUCUCUUAAUUUCAUCUUGCAAUUCUUUCUUGUUUUGAA